AGACAACGAGAGCAUACAUAUUAUCCUUGCACUUUAUCAGUAACUCGACUUGAGGACGGGCGACUGAAGAGAUUGUACGCACAAACAUAUUGAUCAUUGCCUAUUGUCUAUUAUUGAAAAUGAAGUUCACCAUUGCACUUCUAGUAGUCCUGGCGACAGUGGCCAGUGGCGCGGUGAUACAAGGCAUCAGCAGAUCCAAUCUCAGUACGGGACUGGUGUAUCCAGGGGAUCGAUUACUGUCCAGAUACUAUCUCUACCAACCAGCGCGACCAAACACUAUCCAAUACCAAGACUACGUGUACCGAGGCAACUACAGUACUAGGAUAUCAGCUGUCACGGCUACAGAAGUGGGAUUAACUCAGUACGCAUCCGCGUGGAUCCUCUCCGGUGGUGUAGGAUACAACAGUGUCACAGUGAGGGUGCAAUCCGCUAAAGGAUACGGAUUCUACUACGCUAUUGAUGUUUGGGGACGAUAAGCACCGGGUUGUAAGACGGUUAUCUCUAAUAGUUAUUGUACAUGAAAUUGUCUUUAUUUAUAUUUUAACUAAUUUUACAACAGUUCUAUAGAAAUAAAUUAUUUAUUUUACAAACUCAAUCUCAA